UCUUACUCCUUUUGUAUGUGUAAUAUCUAAAGUUUAAUUUCUGAUCGGAUGUAUCUAAGCUCUUACAGGUGACUCUCUUACAGGUGAGCUCUCUUGCUAGGUGACUACCUAGCAAUUUUGAAUUGGUAGUGUAGUUGUUUGAUCAGAGACUCUUAUGAAUUACAAUUUCACUAUCAUGCUUUCUCCUAGAUUUCGGGAUUUUAUGUGUUACAAUCUCGAGAUUCUACUGACAAAAUAGGCGCUUGCAACAUUCAACAAACCAUUGUGAAUACAAAUACAAAAUAGGAAGUAUCCGUGGAAAAUUAUUGUCAGAAUCAUAUACAGCAAAACUAAACCUAGUGGACUUUUUUCCAUUCUAACCUUCUGGUCUAAUCAGAUUUUUUUUACAUUCUACAUGAAUGUGAUGCAUGUUUGAAUGCAUAUUAUCCUCAUUUUUUAUCAAGUUUUUUUUAAUGACACAUUGAAUAUCCAUAAUCUUUAGAUAUAGAAAUCUUAUCUAUUCAAAAACAUCAUAUCUCAGUUUUAAAAGAAAGUAAAAGAAGAAAUUUUUACUAUACCUCUUUUCUUUCUAAUUUUGUGGAUUGAAGAUUCGAUAAGAUUUGGGUUGAACCUAACUCAAAAACAUCUUGUUCAUUCUCCUUAUGACUACUGUUGUAUCCCAAAUAUUUACAAUACAAUCCGGUCAUUCUGCAGUUGUUCUCUCAUCCAUUCCUUGCUUCCUUCCUUCCCCGCUUGUUCUUCGAUGUCCGCAAUCGCGGCUAAGCAUCGCACUCCACAGAAGAACCAGAAAAUGAGAAGACCCCGAAAAAAACACCGAACAUCCAGACUAAUCAGCUUGCGGGGCCAAGCAGGAUGGCGCAUUUUAUGCACAAAAUGCAAACUGGAGUUGACCCGGUUCGCAGAUGUUGCCGGGCCGAGGAGAUUCUUGUGCCCGCUGUUCUUGCUUAUCCGUGCGGCCUUUGCAUGAACAAUACACGUACCGGCAUCGUAUGGGCAGCGGCACAGCUUUGAAUUCAAAUAGUCUACUCGGGCGCCUAUUGCUUGCUGGAAGUCAGAGUCGUGCGGCACAGCAAAGAUUGUUCGUUCUAUCGAGACAAGUCAGCUUAUUCUUCACGCAAGGCGCCAACGUUAUGCAUCCUGGUUUGAAUGGGGCCGAGGUGGACCGGAGGGGAUGAUGCCACUGAAAGGGUGCAGUCGCAUGAGCACGAGAGAGCGUGAGGGUCAAGUCGCCCGUCGCCCAACGAGAUCUCGCUGACCGGCGAUUGCACAGUUGCGGGUCUGCUCGUGGACAUGGAGAAGAAGGCGGAAGAGUUCGGCUCUCUCUAGAAGUCGCAGAAGGCGGUCAGCGGAGAACGACCACCGAAGAAAACAUUUCCUCUUCUGGUGUCCAAAGAUUGGGCUGGGCCCCAUUCUAAAUCUUCGAACUGGAUGCACACUGCGGGUCACAGUAUCCAUUCGUCGAUGCUAUCGGGUCAAAGAUGCCAGCUAUGUGCAUGUAUCUUGCCAGCCCCAAUCUGCAAUAUUCCUUCUUGUUUUUUCUUGCACUGCUGUGUCCUUGAAAACGCUCGGCCGUUUAGGCAUUACAGUACUGGUGAGCUUCAAAUAGCGCUAAAAGCCACCGGUUGCAUUCAGUGGAUUUUAGGGCAUACUUUUCGAACAGCAUUACUCUCAUAUGCACUUAGUAAAUUGCACAGCAAUGAGCUCCCCACUUUGAUAUCCUACUUAGUGUGCACUAAAUUAGUUGCAAAUGACUGAUUGUUUCACAUCUAUUAGUCAUGUAGAAUUAUAGAUGGGAUUCAGUCCAACUAGGUUCUUGAUAAGGACAAUUCAUCUUCGGAGAACGAAAGAGGAAAACUCGAGAUUUCCAACCUGGCAUCAUCCAGACUUGGGAGGUAUCGGACUCCAAAAGGGCAUUCCACUACUGUGAGCUCGGUACCACUCAAGAUGUUCCCGACGGCUUUUGAAGAACCAGCAAACCUAGUCAAUAUAAGAAGGCGAGAGUUGCUACAUCCAAGUCACUCGCACGAAAGGCUAGGUUGCCCAUUCUUAAAAUAUUCAGAAGAUACGACCACAGGCAGAUUUGAGAGGACAAAUAUAGCACUCCACAUAUUGAUCGUGUCCAACCUGAUUUUGAUUGCGGAGAUCUCAUGCGCCAAGAUCUCCAUAAAUUGUUCUGAUUUGUUUUGUUGUGACGUCAAUUCUCCUCUGUACAAGCACUUUCUAACAUGCUGUGAAGAAAAGAAUCCAUCAUCAGAGACAUGGACUUACGUGACGCCAAACACUAAAAACUCGAUUCUAGCUCAACGAAUCCCCUAAACAUGUAACGGUAAGAAGUCAUCUCCGUUAAGCGGCAACGGUAAGCUAUGAUUAUGAGCAAGCUUUCUGGAAUGUUACUUGAUUCAUUAGGUUACUCGUUGGAGUAACGCAAAGUUCUUUUAAUUCUUUUCUGUUACUUGAUUCAUUAGGUUACUCGUUGGAGUAACGCAAAGUUCUUUUAAUUCUUUUCUAUUUGAUACUCUAGGAGCCUCUAACUUACAAGAAGAUGAGGUUAGACUGAUGACAUUUUAAAUGCACCUGUACGAUAGUCAU